AUGACCCAAUGGCGGAUUGAAAUUCAGUCCGCCAUUACAGACCGUCCGAUAGUUCGGGCCCUCUUGCCCAUACUCGAGGUAUGGUGCAGGAAGCGGCCAAGGUUCACCUACCGGGUGACGCAGGUGCUGACCGGAAAGAAGGGAUGUUUCGGUCAGUACCUGCAUUCCAUCGGAAGAGAACCCACCGCCGAGUGUCACCAUUUCGAGGAGGCUCUGGACACGGUGAGGCAUACGCUGGAGGAAUGUCCGGCAUGGUCGGCGCCUCGUCGUGUCCUAAUAAGCAUCGUAGGAGCAGACCUCUCGCUGUCGGCCUUGGUCGACCACUUGGCCGGUGGCGGGAGUCCAUACAGGGCCGUGGUCUCCUUCUGCGAAUAUGUAAUGUCGCAGAACAAUGCUGGUUGGUACUGCAGGUCCAGAGGGAUGUUCAAUCAUAGGCCCGGGUCCAAGAGAAAACGAGGAUCGCCCGAAACGCGGGGUCGAAACAGGAAGUCGAGGUAA